AUGGAUGCAGUCAACAAUACCAGCGAGUCUCAGACGGAUGUUCUCAUCAUAGGAGCGGGACCAUCAGGCCUCAUGGCCGCAUACUGGAUGGCCCGCUGCGGUGUCAAUGCACGUAUCGUGGACAAGCGGGGCACAAAAGUAUUCACUGGUCAAGCUGAUGGUUUGCGCUGCCGUACGUUGGAGAUCUUCGAUAGCAUGGGGUUUCAGCACCGCGUCCAGCAUGAGGGUCAUGUGGCUGUCGAAGCCAACUUCUGGGUACCGGAUGGCAAGGGCAAUCUAGUCCGACAAGGUCCACAUUGCAGUCGAAAAGUCAACGAGUCGCCAUUCCGCAAUAUGUUACUCAAUCAGGGUCGAAUUGAAAGAUUCUUGCUUGAUAGCAUUCGAGAACACUCCAGCCUCCAGGUUGAGCGAGGUGUGAUUGCUGAAGCGUUCAAGUACGACUGCACAAAAGAAUCCGGUCUCGACGACUAUCCCAUUACCGUGACACUGCGAACUCUAAGUGACGCAGAGGCAAAUCCAUCAGACCUACGAGCAGAAGAAGGGGGUUCAUGUAAAGUGGCAAGCGGAGUCACACGAGGCAAUCUGUUACAGGACGACUGGGAAGAAUUGAUUUCGAAAAGUCAAGCAAAGGAAACAAAAACCGAAAUUGUGAAGUGCAAGUACCUCAUUGGCUGUGACGGGGCUCACAGCUGGACCAGGAAACAAGUGAAUAUUCCCUUGGAAGGCUCCACUACGGAUCAUCUCUGGGGUGUGAUUGAUGUUGUCCCCAUCAGCAAUUUCCCUGAUAUGCGCCGUCUCGGGACUGUAACCCAUUCCACAGGCACCAUUCUCGUCAUUCCGCGCGAACGGAAUAUGGUGCGGCUAUAUGUCCCGGUUCAGACUAUUGAGACGAAUACCAUAGGGCAAGGGCGUUUUGAUCGGUCAAAGAUCACUCUUGAAAUGAUCAAACGACGGAUUCAGACUAUUUUCGCGCCUUACACGUUUGACUUUCAAAUCUGUGACUGGUGGGCCGCAUAUCAGAUUGGGCAAAGAAUUGCACCGACUUUCUCCAAAGACAACCGAGUGUUUCUCGCUGGGGAUGCAGUUCAUACACACUCCCCCAAAGUGGGGUUGGGAAUGAACAUGAGCAUGCAAGAUGGCUUCAAUAUUGGCUGGAAAGUAGCCAUGGUUGCAAAAGGCGUUGCGUACCCGUCGAUCUUGAGCACCUAUGACUCGGAGCGGCAUCGACUAGCAGAGAUGCUUCUUGACUUUGAUCGACAUUGGUCUGGCUUGUUUACCGAAAGCGAUGACGAAGAGAAAGCACAGAACAUGAUAAAGGUGGUUGAAUUUUUCGAGGACUUUGCCGAUGGUCGCAGGUCUUUCUACGGAGCCAGUUCCCUGGUGUGGAAGAAGAAGGAAGAUGCCAAUCCAUCUGCAUCCACAUCUGUAUAUUCAUACUGGAACCUCAUUCCUGGGGAGCGAUUUCCGCCAGUCAAGCUUCGGAUGCAGGCUGAUGGAAAUCUGAAAUGGACGACUGGCAUUUUGCAAAGCGAUGGACGCUUCCGAGUGGUGAUCUUGGCGGGGGACGUGCGAGUUAGAGCACAGAGAGGGCGUGUUGAGACUCUUGCGAAACGUCUUUCAUCUUGCGGCAGUGUAGGGAAAUCAAUCGUCGACCGCUACGUCUCCGUCGAUGAUCGACUCAAAUCUACGCUUGACAUCGUCGCCAUUCAUAGUGCGCCUUGGAUGGAGGUCGAAUUCUUUGACUUCCCGAAUAUCUUGUACCCUUUUGAUGCCGUUCGAGGCUGGAACUAUGAAAAGAUCUGGUGUGAUGACGCGUGCGUCUGGGACCGCGAUUGUGAUGGCAAAGGAUACGAGCGAUGGGGUAUUGACCGGACGCGAGGCGCCAUGACGAUUGUCCGUCCUGAUCAGUAUAUCGGAUGGGUCGGUGAGCUUGAGGACGUCGAAGAGAUGAUUCAUUAUUUGGACGGGGUGUUAGUCGCUCAGACACUCAUGGGUGGGGCUGAGUGA